UCACCAUAUUCACAUUCAUCGUUCGUAUGCAGUAGUUGGACACUCUUACGUCCUCCGAUACUUCAACUCUGCAAAUCAACACAAAACGCAUUGGAAGAACGAACAAAUAUUCAUUAAGCCACAGAAAAACCAAAAACGAAGCAGCAACACAAACUCGUAUUUUUGGACCUUGUUUCAGAGCUUAGAUGCGCGGCUCCACCGUUAGAAACCUAUGCACCCUCAGCACCCUUUUCCGCCCACAUUUAACCCGCAUAGCCAAUAACAACAACAACAUUGCCCCUUUCAUAGAUUCCUCUUCUGAAACCCAACAACUGCACCUCUCAAAACACAACCACACUCGUGACUCUACCUCAGGGGAUUUGUCUAAUGAAGAUGCGGGCACUUUUCGGCUUUCUGCUAUAUUGUGCCCUACGCAGGAAAAGAAGCCUGAUUCAGAGGAAAUUGAUGAUGAAGAAAAAGGGAUAAAAAAAUUAGACAUGCCAUGGAUAGCAGACCUGCCUCCUGGUAAUUUGGUCAUAAAACGGAAGGAGUUAGCUCGUCAGAGGAAACAGAAGUGGUUUUUUACAUACACAAAUGAUAUCCGUUUUACUAAGUUGAUAAAUUUGUGUGCGAAUAAACUAGGAACAAGAAAAACUGUCAAUGUGUUUGGUCACUUGGGUCGACAAACAGGAGUGAAAGAGUACAACGCAUUAAUAAAAAUGUGCGUAGAGAAGGCUAGGGCAACUGACGAUGAAUUCAUUGCCGUAAAAGAAAUGAGUAAGGCUUUUCACCUUGUCAAAUCAAUGAAGGAAUUUGGUUAUCCGCUAGAAGAGAAAACAUAUGGCCCACUUCUCCAGUAUAUAAUUGAUAUGGGUUUGGUUGAAGAAUAUCAACUUUUCUCUGAUUUUAUCAGAGCUGGGAACCCCAGUUCUGCUCCUCGAUUGGGUUAUUAUGAAAUGUUGCUGUGGUUAAGAGUUAACAAUGAAGAAAUGAUCCGGGAUAUUUGUGAAUAUAUUACAGUUGAAGAUGGUGAAGACACAUCUGCUUUACGAGAAAGUUACGUAAUGGCUCUUUGUGAAAGUGAUCGGAAGAUGCAGAUUUUGGAUGUGCUAAAGAAUAUAGACAUCACAAAGUUUUCAUCUGCAAAAUCUAUUGCGAAAAUAUUCCAAUCAUUAGGCAGUCUACCGCAGGAAUCUGUUGUGGACGAUUUACUUUUGGAUUUGAGAGCAUGCGAUCACGAUGCAGAUAAUAUUUCAAACUUCAUUGUUAGUUAUGCUGUUAGCAUUCCAAAUUUAGCGGUUGAGGAUAUCGUUUCAAAAGUCAAGAAUAUGCAUGAAUUAUUGGAAGUGUUGCCUUCAUCCUCAUCCUAUGAAAGACUCAUUUUGCAUUGCUGUGGCUUAGACAAGGUGGGCAUAGCUCUUGAUAUUGUUGAGAAAAUGUGUGAAGCUGGCUUCACCUUGUCAAUUGAGGUGUUACAAUCCAUAUUACAAAAAUGUGAGGAAUCUUAUGAAUAUAUGCUGGUCCAUCGAAUCUAUUCCAUAAUACGUAGCUACCAUUUGGAGUUGAAUGGUGAAGUAUGCAGGUCUUUGGUGCACUUUCUUGUGAGGAUGAAAGAUUUUGAAGCUGCAUACAAGAUGAUUGGUGACCUAGAGGAAAUGAACUUCAAAGCUACGUCAGGCAUGUACAAUGCUAUAAUGGCAGGAUAUUUUCGAGAGAAAAACAUCAGUGGUGGGUUAAAGGUCCUCAAGCACAUGCGAGAUGCCAACAUAAAACUUGAUUCUCAUACUUUCUUCUAUUUGAUUUACAAUUGUGAAACGGAAGAGGAUAUAAUCAAGUACUACGAAGAAAUGAAGCAAUGUGGAGUCCAACCUACAAAGCAAAUUUUUGUGGCCCUCAUUAAUUCAUAUGCAGCUUGUGGAAAUUUGGAGAGGGCAAAACAGGUAGUUUUAGAUCCAAACAUACCAAACAAGAGCUUAAAUGAAAUCAAGAGUGUCCUUGUCUCAGCUCUUGCAUCUCAUGGACAAUUGUCCGACGCUCUUCUUGUAUAUGAGGAGAUUAAGAAAGCUGGACACAAUUUGGAGCCGAAAGCCAUUUUAAGCCUGACUGUAUGGAGGAGUUCACUCAAUUCAACGGAGAGUUGGAUGGGCUGCUGCUUCUACUUAAGGAAUUGAGCGAUCUGGACUAUUGGGUUGAAGGCUGCUUCAGGGUUAUCAUGUAUUGUGUACGGAACAAACAUUUGAGUUCUGCUAUUGUCUUGUUCAAGCAACUCAAGGAUAAGUUUGAAAGUGAUGAAAUAGUAAUGGAGGCUCUCUUUGAUGCU